GAUACAGUGACAUCUGUGAGGACCUGUGUUACCCAUCUCUCCCGUCCCCCUUGCCCUCCGUCUUCCCACCGGUUUAGUUUCAGUUUAAAGGGCUUUAUUGGCAUGGGAGGCGUUUGUUUACGAGUUUCAAAAGGAUAUUAGUAAUGGAUGCACGACACAUCAGUGUUGUUGUGCCUAGUGGAACCCUUGCUGUUAAUAGAUUGCCAGUGUUCCAGUUUCCCACUAAGCUAAUGAGUAUGCUGAAUGACAAGUUCGUCUUCUGAGAGCUGGCGCAAAACAUUUUUGUUGGCCAAAAUAUCGACCCGGAACCAUGACAAAAUCUCAAAUGUGUAUUCCCAGCAUUUCCCUUUUGUUCAUUUAGUAGCAGUGGCCCGCUGCUGCUAAAUUGUCCGCCGCUCCAAGACAAGCAAAUGGUGAUGAGCCUGCGGGUGUCAGAACUGCAGGUUCUUCUAGGUUACGCCGGACGCAACAAACACGGACGGAAACACGAGCUCCUGACCAAGGCCCUUCACCUCCUCAAAGCCGGCUGCAGCCCGGCCGUGCAGAUGAAGAUAAAGGAGCUUUACCGUCGACGCUUCCCCACCAAAAUGCUCUCGCCGUCGGAACUGGCGCUGCCCGGGCCGCACCAUCCGGCCUCCGGGGGGCCGCCCGGUAGCGGGGUCAUCGCCGCUCUGCCCGCCGGCCUCAGCCGGUUGGCGUAUGAGGGCCACGGACACGGCGGAGUGCCGUCGCCGGCCGCCCUGCUGCCCAUGUCGCUGCUGGGGCCCGGCAAGCAUGAGCUGGCGAACCACCCGCCCACCUCAGCUACGCUACACCCGGUCCACCCCGACGUCAAGCUGCAGCGGCUGCCCUUCUACGACAUGCUGGACGAGCUCAUCAAACCCACCAGUCUAGCGUCAGAUAACAGCCAGCGCUUUCAGGAAACGUGUUUUGCAUUCGCACUGACACCACAGCAAGUACAGCAGAUCAGCAGCUCAAUGGACAUAUCGGGGACCAAAUGUGACUUCACAGUACAAGUUCAGUUACGGUUCUGCCUAUCAGAGACGAGCUGUCCUCAGGAAGAUCACUUUCCGCCCAACCUGUGUGUGAAGGUGAACGGGAAGCCAUGUAACCUCCCGGGUUAUCUUCCACCAACCAAAAACGGCGUGGAGCCCAAGCGUCCCAGCCGUCCAAUCAACAUUACCUCACUGGUCAGACUGUCCACCACGGUCCCCAACACCAUCGUCGUAUCCUGGACAACCGAGAUCGGAAGGCACGUACUGUGUUUUCAGAGCUACUCGAUGGCAGUGUACCUGGUCAAGCAGCAGUCGUCCACAGUGCUUCUGCAGAGGCUACGGUCAAAAGGCAUCAGGAACCCAGACCACUCCAGAGCCCUUAUCAAAGAGAAGCUAACUGCCGACCCGGACAGUGAGAUCGCCACCACCAGCCUGCGUGUGUCGCUGCUCUGUCCGCUGGGCAAGAUGCGCCUGAUGAUCCCGUGCCGGGCGCUGACCUGCUCCCACCUGCAGUGUUUCGACGCCACGCUGUACAUCCAGAUGAACGAGAAGAAGCCCACCUGGGUGUGUCCCGUCUGCGACAAGAAAGCCCCCUACGAGCACCUCAUCAUCGACGGGCUGUUUAUGGAGAUCCUCAACAGCUGUAUGGACUGUGACGAAAUCCAGUUCAAGGAGGAUGGCAGCUGGGCCCCCAUGAGGACAAAGAAGGAUGUGCAGGAGGUCUCCUACAACAACGGAUUGGAAGGCUCCCAUCGGGCCGUAGGGGAGCAGAGGAGCUCAUCGUCCCACAAUGGGAGGAGCAGCAGUAAGGUCAAGGUGGAGGUGAUUGACCUGACCCUGGACAGCUCCUCGGAGGACGAUGAUGACCAACCGCCCCCCAAGAGGGCCUGCCCCUCCCUGUCCCCCACCUCGUCCCCCGUCGUCAACAAGGGAGUGUUGAACCUCCAUCACCAGGCAUCUCCAAUGAGCAGGACACCCAGCAUGGCUGCUGUGGACACCAGCUAUAUUCCUCCUGUACCGCCUCUUAUCCAGGACUACAGACCUUAUUAUCACCCCCCCAAUGACCUCACAGAUCUGAAUUUCUUCUCCUUUCUCCAAGGGGACAAUCAUCAGCACUACAACAUGGUGAUGGCUGCCGCCGCUGCCGCCUCGGCCUCGGAUGAACACGACCUCCUGCUUAGCCACUUCCGGCCCUAUGCCACCACCACCUCCUCCUCCUCAUCGUCCUCCCAGAUGUUCCUGGACCAGUCGGGGGCGCCGUCCUCCGGGCCCCUGGUUCCCGUCAACAGCGGGGGCGGUGGCCUGGUUUCCCCCGGCAUCAUGCGGGACCCCCACCCCACACACUCGCACACGCACGCCGCCGCGGGUGGGCACUCCAGCGCUGAGGUGGCCGCGGCUGCUGCCCUUUACGGCGCUAUGCCCGACGUGAUCUCGCUGGACUGACAGUUAGUCGGCGACUAGCGGCUGGGUCCAGGACAAAGGCUUUGUUAGUUGUCGGAUGGAGAGAGUGCGGUGGGGCGGGCCCGUUCGGGCCGGGGCUCUGGUUUGGAGGUUACAAAGGCUGACCUCAGAACAGCGUGGCGGCUGUAUGCGGUGGAGGCAGCCCUAAAGGGCGCGGUCAGACUGGACCCACCCAGGAACAGCCUGGAUGGAUUGGACUGGGACCUGGUGUGGUGAGACCGUCUUCAGUACUGCCGUUCCACUACGCCGACCCAAGAUCAGCGAGUCGUCAGAGAGGUCUGCGGGCCUCGUCUGUGGAGAAUGUGGCCCGGUACUGCCCGGUACUUACAAGAGACGCUAGCCGCUCAGAAAACAGAGGAAGGGUUGUUUGUUUUCUUUUUCUUUCUUUUUUUUCUUUUUUAUGAAGAGAGCAAAGCAGUGUACAGAGAACAAAAAUAUAUUUUCUCUUUUACUUUUGUACAUUAAUUAACUGUCUGUCCUGUGAGUGACCUCUUACUAUUUGGAACUGGAGACUGAAGAUGUAUCCCCCACCACGCAGCUAUAUGCAGAUACAUGUGCUGCCCUGCGCCAUCAUUUAAACCUUUGUAUAUCUUUACCUCUACUGUCUUCAAAUCAUCUUAUAAUUUGAUUUUGGCUCACGGCAUAUACGUCCAUAGCAUUACAGUGUUAGCGUCUCUUGACAAGUAGUCAUUUUCUCUAAAAUCUCCACUCCACUAAUUACUGUAGGAUUUCCUGUUCAGGACAGUACGUUUCCCUUGGUUGACAGUUCAUCGUACAUUUUAUUUUGUGUUACGUGUUUAAAUUAUGGCAUUAUUAGGCGUUCUUUAAGGAUUUGAGAUUUUGAGGAAUGCAGAGAUGGGUAAAAUUUGCUUUUUGAUCUGUUCCGUUUUUCUUCCGCCUCAGACCCUUCAAUAGACCAUCUGUGCUGUCAUGUUCAUAUACUGAUACAUUUUAGGUUAAUAACUCUGCUAGAUAAAGAAUGUCUAACUCGAAAAGGGCAAUUUUACACUUAUUUUAAAUCCCCCCCAAAGAAUCUGAUAGAAUUGUUUACUUGGCCAAUUGUAUCAUUCUGCACAAUGCCAAGAAUGUUUUAAACUCCGCCCACACAGACGUACCGGUGAAUGCCUGGGAGCUUUCAGUUGAAGGAUCUUUUCCCAAACACACAUUCUUCUUCUCUUGGUUUUCUCUGUUUAUGAAUCACCACAGCAGAUCACUGAGAUGAACACAGUAUUUAUAAUAAUAACACUAUUUAUCUCAUAUUGCCACUCUCUUAAUGGGGAAGCGGUUUCCAUCCAACUCAACUGGUCUGAGUUCAAAUGGAAUUGGCAGAUUUCGGUGAGGGUGGAACUACUUGUGUUUCAGAGGGGAUGGUAAUGUGAUACUGUUUUGUAGCUUGGGAAGCUGGCAGGCCUUGUCACUGUUUUUCCUGGCUCAAAUAGAAAGGUAAAGGGGAGGUCAUCAAAAUCACAUUCAUUGAGUACAUUUACACAUUUGACUCGGGGAAAUGGUACUGCUUGCAAUUUACACACUAUAGAGGCAGAAUUGAUGAGGAAUUUACACAAAGUUGACAUUAGUGUACAAAAUAUUUUUAGUGAACAUGAGUAUGAACUCCCUAGUGAGGAAAGGAAGGUGCAGGACAUGGGUCAGAUCUCAACACACUGCUGGUGGAAGACACAUGAGAUCAUCACUGGAACUGAAGAACUGCCAUUAAGGUUCAUUUACAAGACUUUGAAGAAAGUCUAGAUUGUCACAGUGAUGUCAGUGUUUUUCACUUUUCUGCUGCGUCAGUUACCCACCAACAUGGACAAUCAGAAGAGAAAGUGCAGGGUUUGUCCGGGGCAUCCGUAGUCAUUUUCCAAAGUCCUUUGCUGUGGAGACAACAGGCUCUUACAAAGGCAAAUAUUUUAAAAAUUUUCUUGGGUAGGUUCUUUCUUCCAAGGUACAUGAAAGAGUCUGUGGGUGGAUUUACUAGUCAUUACCUACUUAACCCUGUCUCUCAGAGGCCUAUUGCACAAUUAUGCUGUUUGUCCUUGUAGCCAGUGUGACGUUUCUGCAGUGUCAUUCUCCCAAGGUCUUUGAGCUCCAAUCCUCUGCCUUGACUCUUCACUGCAAGCCUAAUUAGUUUCCCCCUCAACAUAAUUACUUGUGACACCGCGCUCAAUCACUCUCCGUCUAGUGUCCUGAACCAGAGCAAACAACAAAAACAGACUUUACAGCCAAUCAAUAUGGACUCUGUGGCGACUCUCUUUUCCUUUCACUCCUUCUUGCCUCCUGGCCCCCCCUCCACUCUUAAAUGAUUGGGUCUUUGGUUGCAUCAAAUGUGUUUUUGACAAUGUCUUCUGAAUGAACAUUGUUGUGCAGUAUUUUAUUUAUUUUUUAUCUAUAUAUAAAUAUUAUAUAUUUUUACACUUUAUUUCUGUGUGUGUAUUUGUCGCUGCCAUACACCAGUUCCAUCUGUGUUUUUGCUGAAUCGUUAUUAAUUUAAUGUGCUUUUUGGUUUGUCUUUAGCUGUGUAUUGUCAGAAGUAUAGUUUAACUGCUCAUACAGAAUCACGUGUUUUCCUAGGCGCACUUUGAUCAUCUUAACUUUGUGCUUUUUCAGGGUUUAGGGUACCCUGUUGGUUUAGGGUACCCUGUUGGAUUAGGGUACCCAGUUGGUUUAGGGUACCCAGUUGGUUUAGGGUACCCAGUUGGUUUAGGGUAGACUAACAAAGUGCGACUAAGAUAUUUAGUUUAUUAGGCCAGAUGUUUUAAAGUUUGUCCAAUCACAGAUUUAUUUAUUUGGAUGAUUGAUUUUAUUUUAGUUUUUGAUUCUAUUAAUCAAGUUUCUAGGGAGCGUAUGUCGUUGCAUGUUUUUCCCCCCAUUUGAAAUGCCCAGGGUAGCCUUGUGUGUUCGUGGAAAGGCCUUAUUCUGAAGUCCUCCUGAUUUGGUAAUAUUGCGAUGUAUCCCCAGUCUUGGAUCGGUCAACGGUUUUAGCUUGGCAUUGCUCUCUGACCAUCGUCGCAUGAAGUGGUGUGUAUUUAAACAGAUGCUAUCCACAUCAGUUGUCCAUUAUCUCAAUCUCCAUCACCUUCCCACGACGCUGGUUCACCUACACGGACACAGGCAUGUGGACACUUAUGCUGCCUUGUGCUCUGUCUUCUGUUCCUCGUGGUUCUUUAAGUCACAUAGUUGCGCUUUUCCCUGAUAUUGGGUUUUCAGCCAAUGUCUGUAAAUUUACUGACUUAAUUAUUGUUAUGAAUAGUUGCCAUGGCGAUGUGUUUAGGACACUUGAGUGGACGUUGACCAAAAGCAUUGGAGACUUCUGUUGAUCACUUUGUGUAUGAUAUGGCUGUCUGAAGAUGGAUAAAGGGAAAAUGUUUCAGAUGUUUUUGUAUAUCACAAUGGAAAAGUGACAGACAAUUGUUCAAAUGUGGGAGUUUGAAAAUAUUAGUUAAUGUGUUUUUGACUCAUCCAAGAAACAUGACAGGAAGAAAUUCAUUUAUAUAUUUUUAGAUACAAAUAGCUGUACUAUAUAGUGGACAAUAACUUUAAAAAUGUCCAAUUGAUUAACUGAAUUUCAAGACUGAUAAGUUGACAUUUGCACUCACUGCCUUAAAAUCCCUGAUUCUGUUUUCAUAUUUCCGAGCAGAUAAUAAAAAGGCUUUUCAAGAAAGAUGAGGACAAAAUCUUUGUACAGUAGACCAGUGUCAGUUUGUAUAAAGUAUUAAGUGGGAAAAAAAUAUUUAUUACUUGCAUUGGAAGAAAUUGUUUACUUAUUAAAUGUUAUCUGUUUAUGUAGGAGUUUAGAUGUAAUAAAACGCAUUCUGUAUA